AUGAAGCUGGGUAAUUUCUCUCCUCACAUCUUAUCAGGGAUAAUUGUUAACACCAACAGGUAUCCCAACUUCGACCCAGGCGGACAGACAGUCGAACCCCCUCCCCAUCCCUGCGGCUGCCCUCUCCUCCACGUCCAGUUCCAGCCCCGAUACAGCCUCUACGUUUCCACCGAAACAACCGGUGAAUUCGUCGUCAACGCUGCCUUCUCCCCGUACCACGGCACCAUCUGGCCGCCUACCAAUUCCACGACCCGGUGGGCCGGCAGGCUCGUCUUCUCCAUCAACUCAGUCGAGACCGACGCCCCUUUGGUUCAAGCAACUGUUCCAGUCAACACAACAGGCAACCGCUUCCAGUUCAACCUUUCCCAUCUCGGCCCCCCCAGACUUGAGCCCUACCCGGUCGUUCUCUACGGCGCCCCGGAGUCAGGUCAGCCAAGCUGGACGGCAACAGCCAACGUCUCGUAUUUGCCGGAUAAAACAAACGGGAGCAUCACCCGGAUCGACAGCUGGAAAGGCGGGCUUUGGGUGAAGAACGCCGCUUCGAACAAUACCUUUGAGCCGUACCUACCGUAUGGGUUCUACGCUUCGCACGACAACUUCCUACGAGAAAACGACACCAAGCUGAUCGAUGCGUACCGAGACUUGGGGCUCACGGGGAUGGUGCCCCUGGCCAGUUGGGCCGAGAUUCCGGAGGUGUUGACACGAAGACCGGACGGCUGGCAAGACCCCUUCCACCUCCCCGUCGCCGCCCGAUCCAAGAUCCGGGAGCUGGACCCGUACCACCCCAGUGUCGUCACCCUAAACUGCCAAAACUACCACUUCGCCCAGUACAGCUCCGGCGCCGACAUCCUCAUGUCAGACGUCUACCCCAUCGGCAUAAACGCCACCUUCUCCAAAUGGAACACCGCCUGCAACCUCACCCACGGCGACUGCGGCUGCGACAACUGCCUCGGCAUCGUCCAGGACGUCCCCUCCCGCCUCGACACUUUGGGCCAGCACGAACGCUGGCUCGGCCUCUGGCCCAAGACAAAAUUCCACAACCCCCAAAGUUUCCACGGGCAGGAUUACUGGCUGAGGGACCCCACCGUGGGGGAGGAGCACGCGAUGAAUGUUUUGGCUUUUAACCAUGGUGCCAAGGGGAUCAUAAGCUGGCUUUGGCCGACGAGCACUGUCCUUGCGGAGGCGCAUGGGCAGUUGGCCAAGGUUGUGACGGGGGGGAUGGUGAGGGGGUUUGUUGUGGGGGGUGAUCAAGUCGAGGGGCCGAGGGGGGUGGGAACGAGGGUGAGGGGGAAUGAGAGGGUUGAGGUCGUCGACGCGGCGGUGUGGGUUGAUGGAGACAAGAAGAAGGGGUUGGUUGGGGUGGUGAAUGGGGGGUAUGCGGAUUUGGAAGGGAGGGUGGAGGUGGAUUUGGGGGGGACGAAUGUGACGACGGUGGAGGGGGUUUUGUGGGGGGAUGUGAAGGGGUGGAAGGUGGAAGGGGAGAAGUUGGUGGUUGACGAGGGACUGCCGGCGUUGGCAACGAGUCUUGUUCUGGUCGCUCUCAGGGGUUGA